AUGUCGAGUAGCUCUGAGCGUACCGUGACCACCAUCUCCUCCCCAAAUAAUUAUUCCAACACCCUAACGAGCGCACAUCACUUCGUGUCGCUCAAGCUCACGCAUCGGAACUACUUGUACUGGCAGACUCAGGUGAUCCCGUUUCUCCGGGGUCAAGGAUUAUUAAGCUUUGUAGAUGGUACGCGAUCACAGCCAUCACCGUUCCUAGAAGUUCCCGCCGGUGACAACUCCAGCGACACCAUCUCCACCACGGAGAAUCCGGCCUAUGCUGCUUGGGUGCAACAAGAUGCAUCCAUUCUCUCGCUUUUGAUCUCCUCCCUGUCUGAGGAGGUGAUGUAUCUAGCUCUUAGACAAACCACCGCUCGUGGUGUCUGGACGGUAGCAGAGACGGCUUUGGGAUCAUCCACGCAGGUUCGUUGUCUCAAUCUGCUUGGGCAGAUCCAAUCCCUUCGCCAAGGAGACAGCUCCACCUCAGAAUAUCUAGGCAGGGCGCAGCAUCUUGUUCAAGACCUCACACUUGCCGGGAGGACUCUCACGCCGUCGGAGCAGAAUUUGUAUGUCUUCCAAGGAUUAAGGCCGGAGUUCAGGUCGAUGGCCUCUGCGUUGGCGAUCAACAGCACGCCUGUAUCCAUUCCGCAAUUGGCGGAUUUUCUCCAGGCCCAACAAUUCAUCCACGAGGAUGAUUUCCCGAAACACACACCGGCAGCAGCGACCGGACCUCUCUCAGCGAUGUAUGCCGGUCGUGGUCGUCGUCAGCAUGGAGAUGGCAGUCGGCAGUCGCGUGGUGGUGGAGGACGCGACAACCAGCGUGGCGGCAGAGGAGGCCGUGGCUGGUCAGGCGGGGUGCGCUGCCAGAUAUGCAGCAAGCAGGGACACUCCGCCGCGUUUUGUUACCGGCGGUACUCCGAACCGCCGCCGUCUGCCCAUGUAGCAGUCGUAGGUGGUGGAUCAGCGCCGGCGUCCUCGCCCUCGGUGACAACCUGGCUGCCGGACACGGGAGCUUCAAUGCAUGUUACCCCCGAUUCCAGCAUGCUCACGCAAUCCGAGGAGUAUCACGGUGACGACGUUUUGCGAGUGGGCGAUGGCACAGGUUUGGCCAUCUCGCGUGUGGGUCAUGCAGCAAUUCCGUCUGUUAAUAAAGCUUUAAAAGUGUCUAAUAUUUUACAUGUCCCUGAACUGUCUGCGUCGUUAUUAUCUGUUAGCCGUUUUACUAGAGAUAAUAACUGCUAUUUUGAGUUUCACCCCACGUUUUUUGUUGUGAAGGACUGCAUCACUCAGACGGUCUUGCUUAAAGGGCCAAGCUCGGGGGGCUUGUAUUCGCUGUCAGUUCCUAGUGCACAUUAUGCGUUUGUUUCGGCUCGUGCCACUUCCAUGGUCUGGCAUUAG